CAAAACAAAGAAUGUAGAUUAGAAGAACCAAAUCGUAAACUAAACCUUGAACCUUUAUGCCAAACGCUGAAAUUAACAAUAGAUCUAUCUUCUGCAGUUGUUAGACUAAAGACAUUAACUUAUUUCUCUCGAUUGUUUAGAAAGAAACUGCAAGGCAUCCAUCGGCUGCAGAGAAAGAGAUAACAGUAGAUAACUUCCUAUGGAAUUAGAUAAGUCGGUAGAUGGGAAAAGAAUUUCUGUUUUAUUUCCCGAAAAAAUAUGGACUUUGAUCAUUGAUUAAAGUCCAUUACACUUUUAUUUCAGAAUUUUAUGGCCUAAUUUACUAACAUAAAUUAGGUUUGCUAAAUAAUAUUUUAAAAAAUCUGGGUUUUUAACAUUAAAUCUCUUCUUAUGAUUUUUUUUUUAGAAACUUGGUUUCAUUAUUAUUUUUGUUUGUCUACGUAAUGUUUUAUUUAAAAAAUGUAAAAAAAAGUCAAUUUUAAAACAAAAUUUUUAUAAUAUGAUUUAAUAAAACCCAAAAGUAUAAUCAUACCUCAAAUAAUUUACUGUUGACUUUACAAAACAUAAAAACACACAAUAAAAUAUUUGACUAAAAAAACACAAUAAAAGUUAACACAAUCUCAUAGUUUAUAAUUGAAAAUUAAUCACAUUAAACAAAGACACACUAAUGUCAAACCUGAAUAACAUAUUAAUCUAUAACAUAAACAGUGACAAAAAAAAUAAUAAGUAUAAACAAUUAUAUUUAUUUCAUUUUCAAAAGUUAAAAACAUAUAAUUCUGAAGAACAAAUACUCGCGCGGGCGCGUACUUACACCGUGAGAUUGUGAGAUGUAUGGGUCAAAGUUGAGGCCCAAGCCAAUCAACUAAAUCUGUAUAUAGAGGCCCACUUUAGAGAAAAACAAAACGACGCCGGUUCGUUGAGUAACUAGAGAGACAAGAAAGCAGUUAGUUCCGUUAUGCGAUGGGAAAACAUGUUGCAACUCCGAGCAAAGACAUCGUUCAAGUUCAACAACACUACUCUCGCUUCACUCUUCAUUCUUCCCACCAAACAAUUUGGAUUCAGUUACAGUCUUUUGUCUUCAUCAUGCAACCCAAAGAACAUGGUUUUGGACUCCAAAGCUUACACGAAACUCGUUCAAAAAUCCGCGAGCUCAGGCUCCCCUCUUCUGGGCAAGCUCGCACACGCCCACAUGAUCAAAUCCUCCUUCAAACCCUGCCUGUUCUUACUCAACAAUCUCCUCUCCAUGUACUGCAAGUGCCGAGAUUUGAACCUCGCACGCAAGGUGUUCGACGUAAUGCCUGAACGAAACAUCAUCACUUUCAACUCUUUGAUUUCCGGGUACAGCCAAGUUGGGUUUCACGAACACUCCAUGAAGCUGUUCCUCGAAGCUAGGGAUUCCAAUUUGAAGCUCGAUAAGUUCACUUACGCCGGCGCGUUGGCGUUCUGUGGAGAAAGGUGUGAUCUUGGGCUAGGGAAGUUGCUGCACGGUUUGGUAAUUGUGAACGGUUUGGCUGAUCAAGUCUUUGUUGUUAAUGUUUUGAUUAACAUGUAUUGUAAGUGUGGGGAGGUUGAUCAAGCAAUGUCCUUGUUUGAUCGAACCGAUGAAAAGGAUAAGGAGACAUGGAACUCUGUGAUCUCCGGGUACGUUCGUGUUGGUUUAGCGGGAGAGACGCUUAGUAUGUUGGCUAAGAUGCAUAGAGAGGGUCUGAAGCUGACGACUUAUGCUCUUGGGAGUGUGUUGAAGGCUUGUUGUAUAGACCUGAAGGAAGAGAAUGGUAUGGUUAUACACUGUUAUGUAGCGAAGGUAGGAAUGGAAUGUGAUCUAGUCGUUGGUACUGCGUUGCUUGACAUGUACGCAAAGCAUGGGAGUUUGAAAGAGGCGGUAAAGCUUUUUGGUUUGAUGCCUGUUAAGAAUGUGGUUAUGUAUAACGCCAUGAUCUCUGGGUUUCUCCAUACGGAUGAUAUAACUUGUAGUGAAAAAGCCUUAAAGCUCUUCAUGGAUAUACAAAGACAGGGGUUGAAACCAUCGCCGACGACGUUUUCAUCUGUGCUCAAAGCUUGUUGCGUCGCGAAAGCCAUGGAAUAUGGAAAGCAGAUCCACGCUUUGGUAUGUAAGAAUAACUUUCAGUCUGAUGAGUUUAUUGGCAGUGCUCUCAUUGAGCUUUAUGCUUUAAUUGGUUCACCUGAAGACGGAAUGCGAUGCUUUGCUUCAACGUCAAAGCGAGAUAUCGCCUCGUGGACGUCCAUGAUCGAUUGCCAUGUCCAAAACGAGGAGCUUGUGAGUGCGUUUGAUCUGUUCCGACAGCUUUGUUGUACCCGUUUAAGACCGGAAGAGUAUACAGUCUCGCUUAUGAUGAGUGCCUGUGCUGAUUUCGCUGCGUUAAGCUCAGGGGAGCAGGUUCAAGGGUUUGCUAUAAAGAGUGGAAUCGAUGCUUUCACCAGCGUCAAGACCUCGAGCAUCUCUAUGUACGCAAAGUCAGGUAACAUGCCGCUCGCGAGUCAAAUCUUCACCGAGGUGGAACAUCCAGACGUUGCAACGUACUCAGCUAUGAUCUCGUGCCUUGCGCAGCACGGUUUCGCUAGCGACGCUCUAAGCCUCUUCGAAACGAUGAAAACAUGCGGGUUCAGACCGAACCAGCAGGCGUUUCUCGCUGUUCUGAUAGCCUGUUGCCACGGAGGAUUAGUCACGGAAGGACUAAACCACUUCCAAGCCAUGUGGGACGAGCACAGGAUCAGCCCUAACGAGAAACACUUCACUUGCCUCGUGGAUCUCUUAGGUCGAACAGGAAGGUUAUCAGAGGCCGAGAGUUUGAUUCUGAGCUCGGGGUUUCAAGACCAUCCGGCGAUGUGGAAAGCGCUGCUUAGCUCUUGCAGGGUUUACAAGAACAGCGUGUUGGGAAGACGCGUUGCGGAGAGGUUGAUGGAGCUCGAGCCUGAAGCGUCCGGCUCGUAUGUUUUGCUGCACAACAUCUACAACGAGUCUGGAGUUAACUCUUGUGGUGAAGAGGUGAGAGAGCUGAUGAGGGAUCGAGGGGUCAAGAAAGAACCGGCUUUGAGCUGUAUUGUGAUUGGUAAACAAGCUCAUUGGUUUGCGGUCGCUGACUCUUGUCACCCGUCGAGAGAGAUGAUCUACGGGAUGCUGCAACAGCAGUUGGAUACUAUGAACAGUGUAGACCAUGAGACUCUUGUUUGUUAUGUUACAUGAAAAGAAAAAUUAAUUCCAAGUAUUCUCUUA